AUGAGCCGCGGCCCAAGCGUCGUCAUUUCUAGCAGCAGCCCUUCCAACUACCAUGGCAGUGAUGAACACGACGAAGAGGACCCACUGGGACUCCUUCGAGGCACAUCGGCUGACAUCCACGACGGCGUCGAAAUGCUGGCCGGUUCGAGUUCUCUGUUGAGAUCACACACACCUCUGAGGGAAGCAGUCGGCUGUGAAAGUGGAGAUCCUCGUGAGGUCAUCGACGCAAUGUUGAGGAGUUCGAAAACAAUACGUGACCAAGUGUCUUCGCGACAGGCCCGCACUCUGAACUCAUACAAGGCCGAGAACAAGUUGUUGUACAGGGAAUUGUCCCUCUUGCCGCCAACAUACAGCCAGUAUAGAGCUGUCCGUGAGAGAGUAAGUGCGCGUCGCAGAGAGCAAAAUGUCCUAAAGACUGCCGGUCCGACGGCAUCCACGCCCAUCUGCCACCCAUUAAACUUCCACCUGAACGGUACUGAAGCCCAAGUCUUCAACGAGGACGACUGCCCUCAGCCAGAAGGUUUUGGUCCGACGAUGGAGGCACCAGAGCUAGGAAACACACGAGCUUUGGAGGAUGAAAAGAAGCGAGGGGGAGACAAGGGUACCAUGAAAGGAAACACAGGACCGGGGCCGAGGUGCGGCGAGGGGGGUGACAAUACUACUAGCCACGGCAGGCCAUCGCUUGAGGGAGGUGGCAGCGCCUCAAUGGACGAGGAGCCGGCCAACGAACAACCUUCGUCUGGAUGGGGAAGAAGAUGCAGUACUUCGGCGAGGGCCGGCUCUGCAUCGGAAACUCCCACCGCCAGGAAAACAGCACCACCCCCACUCCAACGCGUCGAAACACGCCGCGGAGAAGAUGUCCCUGCCGCUCUUUGGCGGAGCAAGGUGCGCCGCAGGCAGAUGGUGUUCUCGCUGCUCGAAGCAGCUCGGAUUGAGGAGGAAAACAUGCUCGAUGCUCUCAUGGCGGAGUACGACCCUCGUCCGAGCAGAAAUCUCCCCCAGCCCACCCUCGACAGGCGGCUGCGAAUGGCGCUGUCUUGGCCGGAAAUAACCGACGAAGUUGUCGCUGGUGGCAAUCGUGAUGCCGCGAGCUGUCGUCAUGCGGUACUGGACCAGCGAAAAACCGUCGAUCAAGGGGGGCGAGGAGGAGGAGGAGGAGGAGAAAGAGAGCAUGCCGACGCCGACAUCGACAAUGGGUGCAAUGGCGCCGAAUGUGCGGGUGGCAAUCGGAAUCAAUAUCACGGAGAAGGGGAAGGGGAAAAGGCUUGGUCACUAUCUCGUAGCGGUCGCGCAGGCGGGCGCGCCGCUGUCGACUGCGGAGCUACCGGCGGCGACGAAGGCGAGGGCGGCGGCGAAAUAGGCGGGUCUGAUCAAGUCGACGACGACGCCCGAGGAGGCGAGGCCAGAGGCGAGGCUGUGGCAGGUGCUGGCAGCGGUGCUUCAGCAACAGCCGUAGCUGGUCGUGGGACGGAGGAGUUCCACCCGGAGCCGUCACCAUGCAGAACGAGCGCGUCUCCGACUUGCGGUGCCGACGCUUCUGAUGACGACAUCGAAGACACCGCCGUCGCGAUCUCCGCGUCGCCAACGAAACGUGCGGCCACCGAAGAUGGUGGACCGGCACGCGGCGGGGUGGAGGGAGGUGAUCAGACGAAAAGGCUCGAGACAGGCCAGCGGAAGGAUUUGCCCGGGUUAGUCGGUGGAGAUAAACGUGGGCUCAGCCGGCUAGUAUCGGACACGGUAAGCUAUAUCAAUCCCGCGUUUCCCAACCUCGAGUUUUACCGGCGGGCGGCGAUGGACAGAGCGGGCUACUUCAUGCCGGGAUACAAGCCCCAGGGGAUUUCUCCUGGACCUGCCGCUGGCGCCUACUGGCUGGAGAGACGCCAAUCGUACCGGGUUAAGAUGAGCGCACCGCCGUCCCCCGGUCGCGGCAGCACCAGCACCAGCAACGCGGGGAGAAGAAAAACUUCACAACAACGCCCCCGGCGCCGAUCACCGCGACACGACAACAGCCAACACCGACCUAACGUUACCGCGUUGACUUUGACACCUUCGGCGGACAACGACCGCUCGCGUCCAAGCGCGGGGCUACGAGUCAAGCACGACGGCAAGACCGCUGGCACUACAGCUCGACCGAUCAGUGCAACAAGAGCGGCAACAGCACCGGCAGCACCGAGAAGGGGUCCUCCCCAAGGUAUCAAAGAAGGAGAAAGUAGUCGAGAAGAAAGGGGGAAAUGA